AUGCCUUCUCUGUACCUAACCUCCGCCCUCGGGCUGCUGUCCCUCCUCCCCGCUGCACAGGCCGGCUGGAACCCCAACUCAAAGGACAAUGUCGUCGUAUACUGGGGACAGAACUCAGGUAGCAUUGGCCAGAACAGGCUGUCCUACUACUGCGAAAACGCCCCUGACAUCGAUGUUAUCAACCUAUCUUUCCUCGUUGGCAUCACGGAUCUUAACCUGAACUUUGCCAAUGUUGGCAACAACUGUACCUCCUUUGCCCAGGAUCCCAACCUGCUUGAUUGCCCCCAGGUUGCGGCAGAUAUCGUCGAGUGUCAGCAGACAUAUGGAAAAACCAUCAUGAUGAGUUUGUUUGGCUCGACUUAUACCGAGAGUGGUUUCAGCUCGUCGUCAGCUGCAGUUUCCGCCGCCCAGGAAAUUUGGGCCAUGUUUGGUCCCGUCCAGAGCGGCAACAGCACUCCUCGACCUUUCGGUAACGCUGUGGUUGAUGGAUUCGACUUUGAUCUUGAAGACCCCAUCGAAAACAACAUGGAGCCUUUUGCCGCAGAGCUGCGAACUCUCACAACCGCUGCUACCUCAAAGACGUUUUAUAUGUCGGCUGCUCCUCAGUGCGUGUACCCUGACGCGUCUGACGAAUCCUUCCUCCAGGGAGAGGUCGCCUUUGACUGGAUGAACAUCCAGUUCUACAACAACGGCUGUGGUGUUUCUGGCUACCCUUCACAGUUCAACUACGCAACUUGGGACAACUGGGCCAAGACCGUCAGUGCUAACAAGAACGUUAAGCUGCUCGUCGGUACUCCGGCCAGUGUCCAUGCCGUAAACUUUGCUCAAUACUUCCCCACCAAUGAUCAACUCGCUGGAGCCAUCUCAACUUCCAAGGCUUAUGAUACCUUUGCUGGUGUGAUGCUGUGGGAUAUGGCUCAGCUCUUUGGAAACCCUGGAUACCUGGACUUGAUCGUGGCAGACCUGGGUGGUGCUUCCACGCCUCCUCCGGCUUCCACUACCCUGGCCACCGUUACCCGAUCCUCCACUGCCAGCUCUGGAGCUACUCCUCCUCCCUCUGGCGGCGGCAGUGUUCCUCAGUGGGGUCAGUGCGGUGGUGAGGGAUACACUGGACCAACACAAUGCCAGUCUCCCUACACUUGCGUUGUUUCGAGCCAGUGGUGGGCAUCUUGCCAGUAA